CUCAAAAUCCAAAAUUGGAGUCUUCACCAGCCAUUUUCUAAAACAAAGCAAGUGCAAUAUUGCGAAGCCCGUAGUGGUGGCAAUUGGGUUUGCCAAGUCUCCAACUUCCCCCACAAGCUUUCUAGUGCCAACCCACUUUUCUCCCAUUCCAUCACCAUUUUUAAUGAAACCCCAACUCUUCUUAUAUUCAACAGAACAUAGCUAUAAAUCAUAAUAAACCCAAACAAAAAAAAAAAACCUUCUUUCAUUGACAAUGGAAGUUGGACAAUCAUCAUCCAGUUUCAAGUCCUCUGAUGAAGUUUGGGCCAAACUUGUGCCGUCUGAUUCAAGCUAUGCAAGCAUUGAGAUAAGCUCAGGUGAUACAAUUGUAUGCUCACAGACCUCGUCUACUCCUGAUAAGCUUGAAUGGUGCCAGAUAAUUCGGAAUUUGGAUCGUUGUUCUGCCACUAUCAGAAACAAGAGGUCAAAUUUGAUACUUAUUGAUGGGGCUGUACUAGAGAGUGAAGAUGUUAUUGGUAUCAAGUGUGGCAGUGAAAUAGUGCCAGCUUCCACAAGAGAAGGGAAUCUUAGCUACAAGUUUGAGGUGAUGCCUGUGCAGGAGCAGCGCUUUGAGAAUAAGUUGAAGAUUUUCCUAGAUGCUGAGCAUACAAAAUGCGGUAUUUGCUUGAAUGUUUGGCAUGAUGUUGUGACAGUUGCUCCUUGCCUCCAUAAUUUCUGCAACGGGUGCUUCUCAGAGUGGUUAAAGCGGUGUCAGGAGAAACAUGCAAGUGUUUUAUGCCCCCAGUGUAGAGCAGUUGUGCAAUUUGUUGGAAGAAAUCACUUUCUGCAUGGUAUUGAAGAGGAUAUUUUGCAGGCGGAUGCUUCCUUACAGCGUUCUGAAGAAGAACUUGCUAUAUUAGAUUCUUAUGCAUCCAUCAAGUCCAAUCUUGUCAUUACAAAUGGAAAAAGGAAUUCCCGAAAAAGGGCACGUCCACCAAUUGCUCAAGAGGAUGAUGUGACGGAUCUGCCUUGUCCUCAAUGUGGGACAGUAUAUCAGGGUUUCCGCUGCAAUGAGAGUACUGUCCAUUUGCAAUGCCAUGGAUGUGGAGGAAUGAUGCCUGCAAGAUCUGAUAUUGCCAUCCCACAACAUUGUUUAGGCUGUGAUAGAGCGUUUUGUGGUGCUUAUUGGCGUGCUCAGGGAGUUACUACGAAUGAUCAUCACCCCAUGUGCAGCCUUGAAUCAUUCAAACCUAUCUCUGAGCGCAGAGUUUUCAGUAUCCCUCUUGUAGUGCAUGAAAGGAAUCAAUUCGAGCAACAUAUCACAAAUAGGUGCAUAGGACAGUUGGGUAAAACUCUAGAGGAAGUCAUUUCAGAUUGGAUCACAAAGUUGAACAACCGAGAAAUUGAUCGUUCAAGAAUGCCUUUGAGGCAUGCCGAGAUGAUAACUGCUGGUACUCAUGUUUGCAAUGAUUGUUACGACACGCUGGUUUCAUUUCUUCUUUACUGGUUCCGGGUUUCAUUGCCAAUCCAUGAUCUGCCACCAGAGGCGUUAAACAGAGAUGAUUGCUGGUAUGGAUAUGCUUGUCGAACGCAGCAUCACAGUAUAGAUCAUGCCCGUAAGCGUAACCAUGUUUGCCGACCUACAAGGGGUUCCCACAUGUAAAAUUGAUGUGCAUAUUGAUCUCUUUUUCUUUUCUUUUCUUUGGAGGGUGGAAGGGGAGAGGAGUUGGGUGGGUCUUCUCCUUAUUCUGGAAUAGGAGCUUAUCUUACUUCUUUCUACUGGCUCUUUUGAGGUUCAUGUCUUUUCUUUGAUUCAUGUAAUGAUGCUUAUAGUUGUGUUCUCCGUUUUAACAGCGAUUGUUCUACUUUUGAUCUUCAUGUUCAAAUGGACUCUCAGUGUUACAUUUGUUGCACUAGAAGUUGAAUUAAAGACCCACCACUAGAGAGAGUCGGACUCUGGAAUAGUACUCUCUCCGUCCAGAAUUAGUAGUGGCAUACGCAUAUACUAUGUAAGGAUGUUUGGAGCUAAUACACUCCUGCUUUUAGUGACUAGGAGACGAUCGAUACUUCUAUAACACAACCGUUAUAAAGGAAGUUAUAUCUUUUUGAA